GACGCUCGGCUGUGGAUGCAAAACGCACUAAAUCAUAUCAUACUCUUUCCCUUUUUCGGGGGGAAGUUGUUAUUCUUUCCUCAUCUUUCUAAAGGUGCACAGCAGGAAGCAGAUCAGUUCUUCCUUCAGGAGCUUCCUCUCUCCUCCUGCAGGACGUCCCCCUUUAACCCUCUGAUGAACUCAGGGCGAACAGAAGAUCAUAAUCAUAAUCCUCCAAAGAUGGCCGCCUCCGCUGCCUGGCUGUAUGUUCCUCAGGAGCCCGGGGCCCUCUUUACUGAGGGCCACAUGUGUUUCCUGCAGGAUAACAUCCAGCAGGAAGUUCUACCCAUAAUCCUCUGCUCAGCCGGCAUCUCUGCAGGACUCAUCUACAUGCUGCUCGGAUACCGCUGCUUUAAGGCGGCCAUGUUCCUCUGUGGCUUCCUGUUUGGCUCCGGGGCCGUCGCCCUCUUGCUGCUCCAGCUGGAGCCUUUGCAGGGGGCUGACCUCUGUCCGGGGACCAGGGUGGGGCUGGGGCUUGGGGUCGGGGUCCUCUGUGGGGUGAUGACCCUCCUGGUGCCUCCUCUGGGGUUCCUGCUGAGCGGCCUGCAGCUGGGGGUCCUGCUUUCCCUGGGGCCCCUGCUGCUAGUGGCUCAGUUCCACAGCGUGGGGACGGCGUGGGGCCCCCUGAGCGUGGUGCUGGCUGCGGGCCUGGUCGUGGCCCCGCUGAUGCUGCGCUGGCAGAAGCUGCUGUCCGUCAUCUACACGUCGGUGCUCGGAGCCGUCGCCAUGCUGCUGAGCCUGGACCUCAUGCUGGGGGGGGCCACGCUGCUGGAUCAGGUGUAUGAUCUGUUCAGUGGGGCCCCAGUUAAACCCCUCUGCUGGUUUAACUGGGUCAUCGCUGGGCUGGGGCCGGUCCUGGCUCUGAUAGGGGGGGCGGUGCAGUGGAGGUUCACAGCCAGAGGAGUUUCCCACAAAGAAGCUGCUUACAAAAAACCGAAGAAACACGUGAAGAAGCAAAAAUACAGAGAGUUACGGAGGAGACCCCCACCCCACCGCCGCCGCCGCCCUCCUCCUCUGAAACGCUACGCUGGAGACGUCCUGGCACCGAGUUAUCUGCAGAGUCUGCAGGAGCGCCAGCAGGGAACAGGCUCCUCUUCCACCUCCUCUUCCUCCAGCAGAAGCCUCGUCUCUGCAACACACACUCUGAUCGACUUUGACUUUGAGACGGGAUCCAUGGUGUCUCUGACCUCCGCCACCACGCCGGUUUACAGCGUGGGAAGAAGCACGCCUUCAACUGUCUGCAACAUGCACGAAUAUGUCAUUUACUGAGAGUCAGACAGCUGUUUCCACUGAAUCAACUUUAAUUAUCUCCUGCUGGGAGAACAGUUCCUCCCAUCCUUGCAGGCUCUUCAUGCACCCUUUAUAGUCCUAACAACACAUACGGUUUAUAAAGCGCUUCCCCAGUUCUCAGACACGCUUUACAUACAGUCAGAACAGAGCAACCAAACACAAGUCCUACUCUUAAGUGGGAGUCAAAUGUUAGGGGGGGGGGGUGAUGAUUAGAGAUUGAAAGCAACAUUGAACAGGUGAGUUUGACAGCUUGAAGGAUGCAAGAGUUGGUAGGAUUUUUUUGUUUUUGAAGGAGCAGAGAUAUGGGGGAAAAUAAAAAUGAUUUGACAGAAAGCUGGAGCUUGAUUGUCCAGUUUUUGGAGUACUUUUAUUCAAUAAAGGCUGGAGGCUGUGGCUCAGUGGGCUGGUGUGCUGGUUCAGUCCCCGCUGCAGUCAGCAUGUCGUUGUGUCCCUUGGAAAGACCCUUGAGUGGGGAUUGCCCUCAGUGUAUGUAAGUCGCUUUGGAUAGAAAGCGUCUCACAAGAGACAUUUAAAAACAAACAAGGGCCUCUUAAAAUCCUAUUUACAAAAGGACCCAUCACAGCAACACCCCCCCUCCUCCCAAUUCAAUGCUCUACUUCCUCCCUCAGGGACCCAGAUAUCUCUCUGUGUGAUAUAGUGAGCUUCAGUCGUCACACUGCAGCCAGUCCGCCGCGAUGCUCUGAGGUUUCUCUACGUGUUUCUGCAGCUUCACACUCCAGAGCUGCGAGCCUUUGAACAGGUAGAUGUUCCCGUAUGAGGAGGAG